ACUGUCUCUCACUUUAUGACUCAAAACUAGUCAAAUCCACAAAUAUAUAAACAGAUAUUGCACCACCCACCAAUGUCAGACAUGGACGAGAGUGGCACCAGCAAGUCACCGUCGCCUACCCCGAGGCCUAAGGCCAAGGCAAAACCCAAACAGUCCACUACCAACACCCGGAAAAUCGAACUAGGCUCUGGCAAAAAUGCUAGAAUCGCCCAGGCAUGCGACCGGUGCAGAGCAAAAAAGACAAAGUGCGACGGCAAACAGCCCCAGUGCUCCAACUGUGAUGCUAUUGGCAUCAAGUGUAUUGUAUCUGAUAAGCUCAGUCGAAGGGCGUUCCCAAAGGGAUAUACCGAGACUCUUGAAGAGCGGAUCCGCCAAUUGGAAGCAGAGAACAAUCGACUCAGCGGCGUGAUAGAUUUGCGAGACGAACAGAUCAAGGGAUACAAAGAUAUUAACGGCGAAACCAUUUCUCUGAAGGUAAAUGCAGCUUUUGACAAACUUGCUACUAAAGAUGACUAUUCUGACGAUGAGGAACACCAAAAUGGCCACAGCCACCAGCACGAUGAUGGGUGCCAGUGCGGAUGUCACACCGAGUCAGUGUUGGCCCAUGAGCGGCCGGUAUCGAUAAUGAACGGAGUUCACGGCCCUUUGUCCAUCACAGACUCUCUUAUGUUCACCGAUGGAGAUGAUACCAAUAGUUUGCUUAGCACCGACGAUGAGCUCAUCUCGAACUCGCUCGGUAGCAUUCUUCUCCACAGAAACGAGUUGUUCAACAACGGGGCGAAUCCGGCUCCAGGAGCAUUUGCUGCUGCCACUGCUAUUGAAAAAAUGCAGAAGGAUCCCAACUCCAAAGUGCUUUUCGACAAACAACAGAUGUUAACGGCUUUGGUGGCAGCCUCGAUCCCCAGAAGCACUGAAGAGACGCUUUUCGUGCCGACCUUGUUGGCGAGUAUUUGUCAAACCUAUGGCUACGAUUCAAAACCUGCAGUUUUGGCUGCAAAUGCGAUUGGAUCUUUGAAAGAAAACUCAAACGAGGUGAACUCCAACCGGUACCGGAAUGAAGUAUCUGACCCCAACCUCUUGACAUUGAUCAUGAAUAGGCGAAAUACCGUUCAUUUGGAUCCAAACGAGGUGAUUCUUUUCUUGAAACACCUCCAAUUGCCCGCGUCCAAAGUUGAGUUAGACCAUCUCACCACCAUAUAUUUCCAAGAAUGGGGGUCCAAUCUCCCGAUCUUGAAUAAGAAUUCGUUUUUGAGGAGUUACUCGACCCUCAUAGAUGUUAUAGACAGUGGCAGAGUUACCAGCGACCAGUUUGGCUCAUCCGAACAUGAACCUAUAGAAAAGUUUGGGGCCAUUAUCGUGGUCAUUCUUGCGUUGAGUUUCCUUUCCAACAAGCAUGGUUUCUUCAACGCGUCGGAGACUUCAAAUGAAGUAGUCGACAAGUACGUGCGAGACUUGAAGCACUACGAUACACUCAUUCAUGAAUUCAUCAAACCCAACUGCCUAAUUACCGAGACAUGCUCAAUAUUGUCUCUUCAAAUCUUGACGUUAUCGUUGCAGUAUUGUCUAGCCAUUGGUGACGUUUCCACCUGCUACGUGUUGCGUGGUCGGGUCAUCACCAUGGCCCAACAAUUAAGAUUACACAGAUGUCCAGCAGCCGUUUUAGGUGUAAGUGGAACUAGAGACGAUAUGAAUUUGAGAAUUCUUCAACAGGGAGAAAGACGUAUUCUUUUCUGGGCAGCCUACUGCUUGGACGUCUACUGUUCAUUGAAUUUGGGAGUUCCCAGGCUUCUAAAGGACUACGAAAUCGAGUGUGCUCUUCCAUUUACUGGAAAGAGCGAACAAGAUGACGACGAGGAAGAGAACGAAAAUAUCUUAAUCUUGAACAACACCCAGUUAACCAUAGUGGGGAAAGUGUCUCGGUACUCUUUGAGCAUGAUAUUAUAUUGCCGAGUUCUUGGAAGCAUUUUGGAUGGAAUAUACUCCAGUGCACAAGGCUCUUCCGAUGAAGCAGUGCCACUAAAGACAGAGCGGAAAUUGGAGUGCUGGAGACGGGAAUUACCAGAAGAGUUGAGAUUUGAAAUGGGCAUGAAUGGGUUUUCCUUGAAGUCCGACCAGCCUAUCACCGACCAUUUGCAAACCUGCAGCAAACAGCAACUCUGUUUGGUCUUCCUCUAUUUCCAUGCCCGGAUUCUUAUCAAUUUACCGGUGAUUUCCAAGUUUGGAAACCAUCACGAUGUGGGACUUUCAACCAAGCAGAAGCUUUACAGAGGUGAGCGUAACAAGAGUUCCAUAAUGUCCAGUAUGACCAUGAUUCAACAAUCGUCUCUUCAAAUCUUGGAAAUCUUGAAGGUUUUAUUCAAUCCAUUGAGUUCCAAGUUGUUACCACUUCCCAUCAAUCUUCCCAGAGAGCAUUCGCGCCUCACUUUAUUGGUUGCAAAAGGCACUUUGGAGUACAUAAAAGGAGGAUCACUUUACCUGGAUCUGAAGCAGUUACUACUCGAUACAAUUCCAUUGUUGAUCAGGGAAAGCAAGUACGAUGUUCCUGGAGGGUUAACCAAAAAUUCAGCCAAAUUGAUUGAAAUGGCCAUAUUGAGCAUUCUUGGAUUGCCCCAGAACAAGACGUUGAUGCUAAACAAGAAGAAAUUGAACACGAUUCCCGUGACAAAAACUGCCGUCAACAGAAGUCCUUCAACACUACAAACCAUGACAUCGCUGUCGUCCAAUGAAAAUAAUGGAUUUCCCACCGGCAGCAUGGAUAACAGCUUACCAUUCCUUGACUAUACGAUGGCCGAACUCAGAGUGGAUGUGCCCGAAACUACGUCCACCAUCGAAGAAGCCAAUGAUGCCAACGACUUUGAAGAUCUUUUUGAUUUCGAUCCUUUCAAGGUCAAUUUGAGUCAGAAUCUCUUGAUCAACGAAUUUGCUGCCGAUGGAUCGUUGGGACUUGUGCCGUUCCUCAAGGACGAAGAAUCCUCGGUUUACGACUUCAACCGUGACGCAUCUGCAUUAUACUAGUUUAAUGACCAAUGAUAUUUUAUUAAUAAACUCUAUUACUGACAAA